AUGUCAAAGUGGAAUAAAUCCCAGGGUGUUGUUGUACCCCUCGACUCUCUGUUGAAGGAACGCCGGAAAGAGAACUGUCCUGCACCGCGUCGUUCCGCUGGUCUAGUCGGCCGAUGGGGCAUCACGAGCUUUACCUCCAUACGCAGUCGAAGUUAUGUUGCGGAAUACAACAAUGUUGAUUUGAAGGAUGCAACCGGGCUGGAACUCGGCACCGGCGACUCGCCGGAUAGCGUUGUGAAUCUGCUCGGUUCGAACAACACGGAAUCGGUUCGACCGCGCAAAUUCUUUAAAAGCCGCAAUAUCAUACCUCCGCCACCUCCACCACUACUGCCACCAACGGUUCCCAAUGAGCAUCUGGGACACUCACCGUACGGGGCUAAUUCUGGGGGAUAUGGCGCACCUGCCGGUACCUCUGAUCUAUGGAAUCAACCAAACAUCACGACAACGACGCCUCCACAGCAGCAACAAUUCUACCAGCCACUGUCCGCGGCUGCAGCAACGCCACAGUUUUCACCCACCGGUCCACAGUCGGCAAACGUGGGCCUUUUUCCGGGUGGGCAUGUUGGCGACGGUAUGGCCUACGCCAUGCAACAACAGCAACUGUUGCAUACUAUCCCCUUGACGAAGGAAAAGAAACCGGGUCGGAAAAAGAAAUCAGCCGCUGGUACCAUUGCUACCCUCGAACACUGCGAUGCGCCACUUGCGAGUGCAAGGAAAACGCCCGGCAACAAACCUCCGAAAAAGGAAAAGAAAGAAAAACGAGCGAAAAAGGCGAAAAAGGAACAGGUAGCUGGUGAGUCUGAGCAGGGGCAACCGAAACGGAACUCGUCCCGCAUACGCAACCGCGUGGUUAACUAUAACGAGGACGAGGACAGUAAUGACUACGAGCGUUCAGUAGUUUCUCGAACAACCAACAAUCACCAUCAUAAUCCGCCUUUUAGCACGCCCGAGUACGGCAUCCUGGCACCGCCAACAGAUCCAUCGUUUGCCGGUGCACUCGAUCAACACUCGGUGGUACCGACGACUGCUGCACCUUAUCAUCCUAUGGUACAAAGACCGGUGUCUUCAUCUUCGUCCCCGGCGGGUGGAUACCAUUCUGGUGGUGAGGGACGAUACUCCGCUAAGCCGAGCACGACUACCACCGUCACCACGCCGCUCCCAUCGCCGAGUGAGCAUCGGCCUAUUCUGCUGCGUAUAUCCAAGGGUACAUCGAUGCUUAUUAGUACCGAUAGUGAAGAGGUUUCGACAAACAACAGUACGCCACCCACGACCACGAGCAACGUGCACUAUAAUCAACAGCAGCAGUCCGACCAGCUAGCCGAAGAUGAUGAGGAUGAUUUUGACGGAAAUUUGCCGCCUCGAACGCUGCUAGCAGAACGUGGACCAACUACUACAGUGGAAAAUUCGGUGGAGUUUCCGAAGGCUCCUCAGCAGCUGUAUAAUCAUCCGCCCGAAACAUUUCUGCACAGCGUUCCGCCGGCCGGCGAAGGAACAACGCUUGCCGAUGUGCAGCAGGCGGUACCAGUGCCGAAAACUGAACUUAAGAUAAAGAUAUCUCUCGGUGGUAAACCGCUGAUCAGCAGUACCACCAGCGGGGCCGGUUCAACAACACCCAACAGCAACGUUGGCACACCCGGCAAGGCUACUAAGAGCAGUAGUAAGUACAACUUCAAAAAGCGUGCCAUCGAACGCGAAAAAGCCCGAUCCUCGCACUUAUCGUCCAAGCGGAGCAAGGUUGAUGUUUCCGAUGGAGAACAGAACCAGCAGGGCAACGCUACAGUGACAACACAAUCCGUAACGUCCUCUACGGUAGUAGGGAAGGAAAAGGUGGCAGUAGCCACUUUAACACGUCCGAGUUUUCCACUGCCCGGUACAGACACAUACGAGGUUUUCCGAACACUUUCCUCCCUGUCCGGUGGUGAUGAUUUCGAUUCGCAAAGUUCAAUCUUAGGUAGUGCAUCGUCCGAUAACAAUACACCGAAGCAUACGCUGGCACCUGGUGAGGACUGUCAAAUCAUCCACAGCCGCGGGUCGAGUGAUUGUGGUAGUGAUCUAGAGCUUUCACAAAACAGCUCCACGGCGGCGGCACCACCAUCGGACGUUUACUCGGAGAGUGAGAAUACGCAGGAUAACAAUCAGCAACAGCAGGUGGCGGCAUCUCAUCAACCUGCCCGUACGGCAGCAGUCGCAUCAUCUCUUUCCGUUGCAUCCUGCCCAACAGCGUCAUCCUCAACGCCGUAUGCAGCCGAGACACUGCCGCCAGUAGAUUUACUACAACAACAGCCGAGCAACGCGGAACGGGUAGAAGUAUUGAAGUUAAAUCUCAAAAAUGUCGGUCACGGUACACGCGUGACACGAAACAAAAUGAAACACAGCAAUAACCUGCCGGAGGAACAGCAGCAGGAGCCACCAUCUUCUCCCGCCAAGCAAUUGCUGCUACGUACUGGUCGAACCGGGCGCAAUCGGGCAGCGGCUACCGUCAGCAAUAAUAACAACAAUAACGUUGUCCGCGGUACGGUGAAUGAGAAGCGUACACGCAAGCAACCGGAACCGGUUACGAUGCGAGAGGAUACCGAGGAGCAAAUCAUGACGGAACCAUCCGACCCGAUACAAUCACAACAACAGCAUCAGCAACCAGCAGCGGUUGAAGGUGUGCUGCAUCCGGAAACUGUUGGCUUAACGACGGAAACACCAUCGGCUGUGAAUACGACCGCAUUAGAAAGUGCCGUCGGGCAUAAGCCAAGCGUCACACGUCAGUACAGCCGGCGCAAGAAGAACGUGGUUCCACCGGACUAUCUCGGUGAAGCGUCUACGGUGCCGGAUACGGUUGCACCGUUCGGGGAGAAAACUGACAGCAGUAGUGCCGUUGAUCAGCAGGAACUGCCUUCACAUUCAUUACGACAAAAUGGUGAUCUAAUGACAGAACCGCGAAUGGUUACAUCCUGCAGUUCUGCAAUUACCCCACCAGUAGCACAGGAGGUGAGUUCGGCUGCUGGUGCCGUGGUACCACCUCAACCACCACCAACAACGGGUCCACCACCACCGAUGCGUCUGGUACUACAGAAAAAGGGUACCAUCUUCAAAAGCCGCCCUAUGGUUGGCUCAACGGAUGGGGCAACGGACACGAAGAAGCGGCACGUCUACAAACACAAAUGGGACAAUGACCACGGUAAUGGUAUGAUGGACGAGCAGGCAGCACUGAGCGGUGUUGGGGUGGUGGGUGCCAACGCAGACACUGCGAGCGGUCUGGUUGGAUCUUCAGCAGUGGGAGCUGGAGGCAACGCGACAGGUUUAGGUGGCGGUGGUGUUGGCAGUGGCAAAGCAACGGGCGACUCGACAAGCUUGACUGACAGAGGCUGCGGAGACGGUAUGGAAGGUGAUGAACAUGACGGUGGUAACGGUGGACUGACGGGUGCAGCUAGCGGGGGUGGUAUUUCCGGCGGUAAUCAAUUAGAUUAUGAUGGGAACUUUUUCGACAACGAUACGCCGACAGCGAUGCCACCACGAUCCAAGAGGUUAAAAACGUUUGCACCUAGUGGUAACUCUGCUGGGACCGGUGGUUCAACAGGUCAAGGUACAGCAGGGGCUGGCGUUGGUGUUAGUGGUGCGGUCGGUUCCGCACACUAUCACCAUCAUAGUCGGGCGCAAACCAGUGCAGCUGACGAGUACGAUGGUGCUGCGGCGAACGCGUUCGAUGAUGAUGCAAACGGUGGCGAUGAUGAGUACGGUGCGGGCAGAUCGCGUCAAGCCAAACCAUUCUACACGAUCGUGCGAAACGUGAAAAAUUCGCACCAAAUGCAGGAGAUUGGCGAAUUUCAGGAGAUGGAUGAUGAUGUUGACUACAUACUGAGCGCGCUACAUCCCGACAAUCCGAUCUCAACGCGAUGUCUGUCCGCAUUGCAGUUAGCGACCAAGUGCAUGAAGCCCGCGUUCAAGAUGCACGUACGAGCGCACGGUGUGGUGACGCGCUUUUUCCGCGCACUGUCCGACGCCCACCAAGAUCCGAGCCUAGGUCUCUGUACGGCCGCGAUCAUGUACGUGUUUUCGCAGGAUAAGCUAAACAUGGAUCUGGAUCGGGAUUCGCUCGAGUUGAUGCUGAACCUGCUCGACACGGACCACAAGCUGGACGGGACAAUUCAGCAGCAGCAGCAACAGCAGGGGCAGCUGCAAAAGAACCGCCAGCGGGUGAAGGAACUGUGCGAGGAGAUAAAGGGGGCCGGCAAGGGCAAACACAUUGACACUGACCGAGUGACGGCCGGUUCACUCGCAAUGGAAUCGCUGCUCUCGUUGACGUCGCAGCGGGCCGGUGAGUGGUUCAAGGAUGAGCUACGUAAUUUAGGUGGCAUCGAGCAUCUGAUUAAGACGGUGGCCGAAUGUUAUGAGCAAGUACCGAGCAGGGCGAGUGACUGGACGGAACAGGAUGUGGCGAAACUGCGCAAAAUUGAGCGCUGUCUGCGUGUGCUGAACAAUGUCAGCUUGUUCAACUGCCAGAAUCAACGGUUUCUGCUGGAGCACCGGUCCGGGUUGCUAGUACAAAUACUGGUACGGCUCUACCGGCAGGUCGAUCGGGAUCUGAUGCACUAUCCAACGGACGAUGCAACACCAAAGGAAAGCAUCGGUGUGCUGUUGCGCGAGCUACUCCAACCGAUGCUACACAUGCUUAUCACACUCACGCACGCUUUUAACGAGGAAGCACAAGGUGCCCAUCUGGUAGGAAAGCAACCGGACGUGAUUAACAUUACGAUGCAUCUGUUGCUCCGAAUUUCCGAGUAUGUUCCGCAGCGGUUCGUAUUUGAUCUGCAUCUGCUGGCGUUAACGCUGCUGCUGCAUCUUGCCCGACCAAGUCCACAGAACCGACAGCAGGUACUGUGUUACAUGGACAGCGAAACGAAUCGUGGUGGCAUUAAAGCACUAGUCGAGUAUUUCGAACAACAGGAAGAGAUGGCUAGUCAUGCGGAAGCAAAAACGAACGCUAUAUUGGAGACUCCUGCGCGUACUGUUGAUGCAGAAGAUGCGGAAACAAAACUGAUUCAAAAAGCAGAACAUCACAUGGAACACACGUACAUGGGCAGUCACGUGUGCAUGCUAAUCUGUCAGCUCGUAAUGGGCGAACAGGGUUAUGAACAAAUUGCCCGAAUGCAUUUGAAAAACAACAACUUCAAGCGUAUGGUCGCAGCACUCAGUCGGUACUACGAGUUCCUGAACCUUACGACCAACGCGGACGCAGAAAGUACUGCACACAAACGGCAAACUAAGGAAGCCAUCGACUAUCUGAGUCAGCUGGACGGCUGUGAAACCUCCGGUAUCGUUCGAACCGGUACUACCGGCACCGACGCAACGGCUGCUAUAUUUUGUGAGUAG